CAUCCCCACCAUAUAUUUUCUUCUCCAAUUCCGCUGCAAAUUCAACGAAGAUUUUGCUGUUCUUUGCUUUUCGAAAUCCAUCCAUCUCUCGAUUCCGCUUCCGGCUAGAUGGCUUCCCGGAGGAUUCGAUCGGAGAGCCUCGCGGCGAUUUGUUUCCUUCUCAUCUCGCUUCCUUUUCCGGCAUCGGAAGCUUUAAUCGCCUCCCCGGGUUCUAACCCUCCUUACCCCAAACUCAUAUAUGAUUUGAAGGAAUCGAUUGCAAAGGGAUUAGGAUUCAAGGAAGAGGAUUUCAAGAUAUCUGGAUUUGAUUGGAGAGAUGUCUUGGUCGGGCGGUCGGUGGCAUAUGAAUUUGAUGUUGAGAUUGAUGAUAAAGUUCUUCCCUUGAAACUUCUGGAGGAUGUGAAUAGAUGGGAGUAUGUGGAUCUUCCUAUUUUCCGGGUACAGGAUCCGGCUGAGGAAAGGGGGCUGGUGGAGAAGAACAAAUUGGAGAGUGAGAUGCCUGUGUUAGCUCCAUUCACUCUGGCAGGCCCAAUGGAACUUUGGAUCCAGGAUGGCAAGAACAUGAGGCUUUCUCUUCCUCAUGAUGUGGAGGCUGGUACAGUAAAAAAAGUGGUGUUAGCAGACGGUGCUAUGGUCACUGUUAAGGGUGCCAGAUCUGUUAGUCUACGCCAUCCAGUCGAGCUCCCUCUUCCAUUUAACACAUCCCGAAACGGUUUUGCCUCUGGUCUGUUAACUCUAGCAGAACAUCUACGCCAAGCCAUUCGCACCGAAGGUGGUCCCGUUCUAUCCCUUCGCAUUGUGGGCCCAACCUCUCUCACAUCACCCACUCCAUCAUCACCAUCAUCUUCAUCAAACAAACUUAAGCUUAAGCGCUUAGCACCCGGCCUUGUGGAGCUAUCGUCCGUACCUAAAAUGAAAGCGAUCUCCACUGUCGAUCUUGGAGAGACAACCACCCUCUUAACACCUUUCCAAUUCACUACCAUGUGGCCAUUGGUUUCUAUCAAUGGCUCAAACCACAACUUGAUUGGUUUUGAGUCUUUGCUGUCUUCCCUGCUGGGUCCCAAGGCAAGCACAAAGGGUUCCUUCAAGCUGCUGAAGGCUGACAUAUCGGCCCAAACGUUUGUGAAGAUGGGUUUUGGGUUGGAGAAGAAGUUGGAUGCAGGGGACAAGUUUGGUGCCGAGAGUCUCCCAGAGUGGAUGACGAAGCCUGAAACCGUGAGGAUGCAUUUUGAGGUACUGGCGAAAGUAGAUGGAGACAAGGUUGUGCCUGAGAGAGUGGUCCAGGUUCAUCCUGCAAGUAUAGAGAACACUGUGGCACCAAAUGUGCUUUCUGGCAAUAGGACCAUGUCUACCACUCCCAUUGUCCAUCUACCUCCAAGUCCAUUCACAUUAUGAACUCCUCAGGUCGGUUCAGAAUCAAUCUUGUCCGCAUAUUGUAUAUGUAAAUUAAUUCUUUUUUAUUAUUCUUUUUGUUUUCUCUCCGGCACAAACACUUGUUUCUUUUGGAAUGAUAAUCAUAAACUAUGUACUUCGUAUACAAUGUAACUGUGUAUUGUUGGAGAAGAAUGUCAGAUGCAUCACAUUUUAAAUGAAUGAUCAGACUUUAUGCUUAAAUAGAGCAUAAAAUGGUUCCAUGCUA